GUCAGCUUCUGCACAGUCUCUACGACGGACGAUUACUUUCAGGAACAUAGCUAAAGCGAAGUAGCUACACCAGCAAAAAAUCUCUCAAGUCAUGAGCGACUUCACUGAAAACCCCUUUGCCUCGAGCCAUUCGCUUGACACGAAUCCCUUUGAGGACCCAUCAUCAAAGCAGGCUGCCCAACACGACGCCCAUUUUGAGGAUAUCAGCAGACGAGAACGAGACUUGGAAAGACGUGAGCGCGAACUGAACCAGAGAGCAGAGCAUAUUCGUACCCAUGGACGCAGCAAUUGGCCACCAUUUUAUCCCCUUAUUUACCAUGCCAUCUCCGAAGAGAUUCCUGAGGCUUCAAGACCUUUGAUCACUCGCUUGUACCAGCUUUGGCUUGUCCUUUUGGGGACCCUAAUCGUAAACAUGGUGGCUUGUAUAUUUCUUCUAAUUGCUGGUUCAAGCGACGGCGGAAAGGACCUCGGUGGAAGUAUAGGAUACUUGUUCAUUAUCGCGCCUCUAUCGUUCUUGUUGUGGUAUAGGCCCAUAUAUAAUGGUUAUAUGAAGGAGCAAGCGCUUUACUAUUACUUCUAUUUCUUCUUUGGUGGCUUCCACCUUCUCUUCAGUGUUUACAUGAUCAUCGGGAUUCCCAGUACAGGGUCUGCAGGGCUUAUUCAGAUGAUUCAGAUGUACGCGCAAGGCCAUUGGGCCGCUGGCAUUCUUGGCACAAUCGCUACAGUUGGCUGGACAGUGCAAGGAUUAGGGAAUGCCUUCUAUUACCGUCAGAUAUGGAACCACCACUCAGCUGCCGGACACACCAUGGACAAGGCUAAAGCAGAGCUGGCUUCUCAUGGCGCGAAGGCUUAUUUCACGCGAGGCUGAUUAUGACGCUUCCUUCUCGAAUAGUACUUACCUGGUCAUGUGGCAAAUUCGUGCAUGUACUUACAUUUACCUCUCCGAUCACGAACUCUUGUACGAAUCUGAGCUAUGAUCACUGCACAAUGGACAGUCUUGCAUGAUCGCAUGGAA